AGAUACAGUACUGCAAAAUACGCAGCCACAGCUGAUUUUGCAUUUAAAAGUAAACAAAUCUAAUAAAUUCCAUUUCUUUAUUGGAUUUAUAAUGCUUCUGCAACGCGUGUGGUUGACACAUUUAAACAACCAUCUACGCCAAUACGCGAACAAGUCGCGAGCCCACAUCAAACCAGCCAUGGCCGUGAGCAUGCGGAUGGUCCAUCAGGAGAUCCUGCAUUAUGUAAACCCCUUUGCCAGGAUCAACGUGAAGUCCGAUGUUUUCCUGCGCAUCCAGCCCGCGGAUGUGCAUCAGUAUACCAGCGGGGAUGUGUUUAUCGCCCAACUGGUUGGCGGCCAUGUCAAGAACUCGAAUGUCUCUCUCGAUGUGAAGGUAACCGAUGAGGACAAGGUGGUCAAUGUGGUGGUUAAACAACUGGCGGAGCAGCCCUCAAAGCUUGAAUGCCAUCUGCAAAUACCUGUGCGUUCCGAUGUCUCUGUGGACGCAAAAGGUAGUGUGCGAGUGGAAGGCAUACAGAGUGAACUGCUGCAAGUCAAAGCAAAGGAAGGCAUCCUUACCAAAAAUAUCAAGGCCACCCAUAUAAACUUGUACAGUGAAAAUGGCAACAUCAAUUGCCAGGGCACAUUGCUGGGCAAGAUUACCCAAAUAGAGUCACAAAAUGGGAACAUUGCGAUGGAUAAGUUGCAAGGAGACAGCUUGAAUUGUUCCACCAAAGCUGGCAGUAUUGUAACCGAUUGUUGUUAUGUGGAAAAGUCAAAGUUUCAGACACAAACUGGGCGUCUGGAGCUCAAGAAUGUCCACAAAAGCAGCGAAGUGCACGUCCAUCAGUCGUCGGAUCUCAAUAUGACUGGAGUACAUGGCAAUAUUCAAAUAACUACCAAAGGAGGAAAUUUAAAUGUCCAACUCUCUGAGCUAGUGGGGAGCAACAAAAUCGACGCCGAGAACUUAUUAGAAGAGGCUAUCAUACACAUUUCCCAAGCCAUAGAGCAGAAUCUUCACAUCGAGGUAACAGCCCCCGAAGUGAAAUUGGAAAACGAACUGGAGCAUGUAGCCCAUGCUCUCAACGAGAGCAAGAACAAAUUCGUGCUAAGCAAUCCAAAUACAAAUCGACUGGAAGUAAGCAGCACAGGCGACAAGGGCGUGCGCCUGGGAAAACAGUCAUGGAGCGAUAUGAUGCGUAAUAAGUUGAAGGCUACCGGCACCUUGGACGAUUUACCUUAGGUAAAGACAGAGACUAACUAAGUUAAGAAUAUAUUGUGCUGCAAGCUACAAUCUCAGUCAUUUUUGCUUUAUCCAUCAUGGAGGCAUGUUGUUUAGGCUUGGCCCGACUCCUUAGCCACUUUAUCCUUUAAGCAUUCAAGUGCCCUUGAGAAAAUGGCUUCUUCCUUUCCGGCUUUGAGUGCAGACACAAACAGUUGCACCUUUUCAUCGCCAAUCUCUUGGAGAUCCGAGUUUUCCGCUUUUAUCACCAUACAUGCCAACAGGCGCAGCAACUUCAAGGCGUUCUCCACAUACUGCUCCUUUGGAGCGUCAUCCUCCUCCUCUUCGUCCUCUUCGAACUCAUUGGCGUCGGGAUCACUUCCCCCCGUGUAGUUGUCAAUGUGCUGUUUAAGUCUAUACCACAAUUCCAAAAGAUUUAAGAAGGCCUCCUUGUGAUAGAAGUACUUCAGGCGCUGCAAAAAUAAAUAUUUAAAUAG